CACGUGACCACUCCUCUGCCAUUUCAAACCGGGCACGUGUUGGAAGCAGUAAGAGCGCUUCUCUGAUCAGAAGAAACUCAUAAAUUUCGUUUGUAACAAGCAUCUGUGGAAAAUGUCGGGUGGUUUUGGAGGUAGAGGUCGGGGAGGAGGAAGAGGCCGUGGUGGCGGCGGCUAUGGAGGAGGAGGGUUUGGUGGUGGUGGCGGCGGUUACGGCGGCGGCGGUGGCUAUGGAGGAGGCGGCGGCCGUGGUGGUGGGAGGAGAAAUCCCCGCGAGCACCCAACCGACCCCGAAGAUGAGCAGUUCAGAAAGCUUUUCAUCGGUGGUCUCAGUUACGAGACAACAGACGAAAGUUUGAAAGCGCAUUUUGAAGAAUGGGGCGAAGUUGUAGACUGUGUUGUAAUGAAGGACCCAACAACAAAACGAUCAAGGGGCUUUGGCUUCAUCACAUACAAAGCAGCUGCUGAGAUUGAUGCGGCCCAGGGCAGCAGACCUCAUGUCAUUGACAACCGAGAGGUGGAAACAAAGCGUGCCAUGCCCAGGGAGGAUGGGGGUGGUUCAUCUCAACAAUCUGUCAAGAAGAUGUUCGUAGGUGGAAUCAAAGAAGAGUUCACGGAGGAAAUGUUGAAAGAUGUCUUCUCAGAGUUUGGUGAAGUAACAUCGGUUGAUUUCAUCAUGGACAAGGCAACAGGCAAACCAAAGGGCUUCUGUUUCAUCCAGUAUGAUGACCAUGACUGUGUCGACAAGGCUGUCUUGAAGAAGUACCAUGAAGUAAAUGGCCGUCAAGUUGAAGUUAAGAAGGCAACAUCCCGUGAGAACCAAGGAGGCGCCCGUGGAGGUGGUCGCGGAGGCCGUGGAGGUCGUGGGGGUUACCAACAAGGUGGCGGCUAUGGUGGUGGGGGCGGCUAUGGCGAUAACUAUGGAAAUGGCUACAGCCAAGGUGGAGGCUAUGGUGGUGGUUACAACCAGCAGAGUGGAGGCUAUGGUGGAGGCUAUGGCAGCGACAACUGGAACCAAGGUGGCUACAAUGAUUACAACAAUGGAGGAGGCUAUGGGGGAAACCAGGGAGGAAAUGGAUGGGGAGACAACUCGAACUUUGGCUCCAACUAUGGCUCGUCGUAUGGAGGUGGCGUCAUGAAAGGUGGAAACUAUUCACAAAGAGGAUCGGGACCAUAUGGGGGCUCUUACGGGAGUGGAGGAGGUGGUGGUGGCUAUGGCGGUGGCUACAACAGGCGCUGAAAAGUAUUUAGACAACAUGGAUUUUCUGUAGGCUCAGUGAGUGAAAAUAUCACAAGAAAUGCAGACAGGCAGAUAUCGAGUAUCCAUAGCUACCAGUUACCUUAGCAACCAGUCUACAAAGUGAACUAGAUGCCCUUAUCAGGGCAUUAGGGUGACAGGUAGCCAUGAAUGAACCUGAAUAAGUGCCCUGGGCUCUAAAAUAGACUUCAAAGGACUCUUACACAUCUACAUAGAUAAUCUAAGAAGAUAUAUAGAAGGAAGGAGUUGGAGUCUAGCUGAUAUUAACCUACGACUGCAGGUUAUUGGAUAUAUUCUUCCCAUCGAGCCCACAGGAAACUACCAACCAAGCUCUUGUACAUAGAUGUCGUCUUCAGAGAUCCUGUUAUGUUUUAACUUCAUUUCAUGUCACACUGACGUUGUCAUAUUUUAUAUUCUGUCCGUGUCGUAUUGUAACAUCAUUGUAUGUUUGGUAUCAUCAUGAGAAUAAAUUUGUAUAGAAAUGUA